UCCUUUUUCUGUGAGCUCAGCGCAGAAAGGAGCAGAAAAAGAAAAGCUCUCACUCCAUUCCACGCAGUGGCCGCUGGAGCAACCACCCCCCACCGUUUGUUCCCCAAACCCUCGAUCUCUCUACCCCCAAACCCUAGCUCCACUCCCCCCCACCUCUCAGAUCCCACCUCCGCCCCGGAUCUAGCCCCAAGCGACUUCCCUCGCCGGCGGCGGCCCCUUCCGCCGCUCUCACCGCCUUCCGGGACCCUAGAUCCGCCCAUUCCGGCUCCCGCCCCUCAGAUCCGUCGCCUUCAUGGCAGCAUUCUCGUUCCUCGCCGCGCUGCUCGCUGCAAGCUUUCUGGUGUGGAGCUCCCACUCGCUGACGCUGUCCUCGAGGCUGGUCCACCGCUUCUCCGACGAGGCCGGGGUCGCUGCCGCCUCCCGUGGCGGCGGCCAGUGGCCCGACCGGAGGAGCGCGGAGUACUAUCAGGUGCUGGCACGGAGCGACAUCCAGCGGCAGAAGCGGCUGCUCGGGUCUCGCUACCAGACGCUGUUCCCCUCCGAGGGGAGCGAGACCUUCAACCUCGGGAAUGACUUCGGCUGGUUACAUUAUACGUGGAUUGAUAUAGGGACACCCAAUGUUUCAUUUCUUGUGGCAUUGGAUGCUGGAAGUGACUUGCUUUGGGUUCCCUGUGAUUGCAUACAGUGUGCUCCUUUGUCUGGCUAUCAUAGUAGUUUGGAUAAAGAUCUAGGUAUGCAGGAUAAAGAUCUAGGUAUGUAUAGUCCAGCUGAAUCAAGAACCAGCAGGCAUGUCUCUUGCAGUCAUGAGCUUUGUGCUUUGGGUUCUAGCUGCAAUAGUCCGAAGCAGCCUUGCCCUUAUAAUAUCAACUACUCCUCGGAAAAUACAUCCAGUUCAGGAUUGCUGAUUGAGGAUACACUGUACAUGGCAUCCAAUGAGGACCGCAGACCUAUACAGACUUCAGUCAUUAUAGGUUGUGGUAAGAGGCAAAGUGGUGGUUAUUUGGAUGGAAUUGCUCCUGAUGGCCUUCUUGGUUUGGGAUUUGGGGAAAUUUCGGUUCCAAGCUUCCUUGCAAGAUCUGGAUUGGUGCGAAAUUCUUUCUCAUUAUGCUUUCAAGAAGAAGAUUCUGGGCGAAUUUACUUUGGGGAUCAGGGGGUUGCCACCCAACAGUCUACUCCAUUUAUUCCUUCCAAUGGGAAAUAUAUUACUUACAUUGUCGAGGCGGAAAGUUUUUGCAUUGGAUCUCGAUGUCUUGGGAAAAACAUCUUCCAUUCACUAGUCGACAGCGGCACAUCAUUCACCUUUCUCCCUGACAAUAUUUAUAAGAAAGUCACUACAGAGUUCGACAGGCAAGUUAAUGCUCCGAGGCUUGCUUACAAUGUUUCUCCUUGGGAGUACUGCUACAAAGCCAGUCCUCUUGAGAUGCCUGUGGUACCAACUGUGACUUUAAUUUUUGCUGUCAACAAGAGUUUCGUGGCUAAUAGUCCUGUUUAUCACAUUUAUGGAGAAGAGGGAAAUCUUGCUGGAUUUUGCUUAGCUCUACAAUCAACAGCAGAUAGCAUGGGGAUUAUUGGACAGAAUCUUAUGACAGGAUACCGUAUGGUUUUUGAUAGAGAGAAUUUAAAACUAGGAUGGUCACAAUCCAAUUGUCAAGAUCUUGACAACAGCAGGCCUGUACAUUUGACGCCACCACCGCAAAAUAGGCCUGAGAAUCCAUUGCCAACAGAUCAGCAGCAGAGUACCCCCAGAGGCCGGGCAGUUGCACCGGCAGUUGCUGGUAGGACUCCACCCACCAAUCCAUCAGCAGCAUCACCACUGGUGGUCGCCCAGUACUGUUUGUUGUUACUAGUGACUCAGGUUGCUGUCAUGUUUAUUGGAUGACAGUCUUUGGUAUAUAAAUAUAUAUAUAUAGUCAUGUAAAUCUGCAUCCUUUAGCAGUCUUUCCUUUUAUCCAAUGUGGUUUUUUCUCAUCAUUUGUUGUUUUUGGCUGGUAUUUAGUAAAUCCUGCAUCUUUCUAUUCUA